CGGAACCGGCAGCAUCUCUCCGCGCGCCCGGCGUGCGCCCAGAGCGCGCAGCCUCCAAACCCCCCGGAGCGGAGAUGAGUUGAGAGGACGGAAUCCGCAUCUCUGCUUCAUGCAUUCACCAAAAUAACAACUUCAGAUUGUUAAAGAUGCCCCCGUGGAAGAUUUGAGCCCUUUGCAAACCUCGGUUUUGGCUCCGACUCACGCCGGUUUAAGUGGACCUUACAGCGGCUUUUGCGCUCCGCAUCUUUGCGCGCAUCUCCGGAUCCUCCCGUACUGGAAGUAUAUAUGACCAUGAGACCCGAGAACUGGCUCUGAGCAGGUCGGAUGUCUUGUUUUGUGUAGUUAAACUUGCGCAUUGUUGGUGUGAUCGCUUCUCCCCCGGAGCAGAACCAGCUUCAGCUUCUUCUGCGCAGAGCGCAACUUCGCUCCUCCGUCCGUCUCAGGAUUUUAAUUCCCACUCAGCAGCCGCGGACCCAAAGACUUGCAAAAAUAAGCGAGCCUCGUCGGGAGCGAGGGCGAGGAUGAGGAGUCACCGGGGCCGGGGGAAGCAGCAUGAGUGGCCCGUGCAUCUCCACUAGACUGGCGGCCCUCAUGUUUCCAUGGCGUCCCUGCUGGCUCACGGUUUUCCUGCUCCAGAGCUGCGCGGGGGGGGCCGGCAGCGCCGCGGACCCCCCCGCCAGCGGGCCGGGCUUCAGCGGCUCCCAGGGGCCCCUGGCCUGGCUCCUGUCGGAGAAGGGGCCCUUUCACAACUCCCCGGAGUUCGUGGAUUUCACCGAGCGCUACCAGCAGGGAUUCACCACCAAGUACAAGAUUUACAGGGAGUUUGGCCGUUGGAAGGUGAACAGCUUGGCCCUGGAGAGACAGGAGAACAAUGGCGUCUCGCUGCCGUUGGACCCCGAGUUCCUGCAGACCAUUAGGCAGCUGGGCAGGCGGCCCAGUCCCGGCACCAUCACCGACAACAUCAUCAGGAAAUAUGGAACCCACUUCCUGCUGUCGGCCACUCUGGGAGGGGAGGAAUCCUUAAUGAUCUUCGUGGACAAACGGAAGUUGAGCCGGACGUCUGAAGUGAGCGAGUCCAAUGGCACAGCUGUGACGCUGGAAGCACUGCACCAGCUGGCCGCCUCCUACUUCAUCGACCGGGAGAGCACCCUGCACAAGCUGCACCACAUCCAGAUCGCCUCCACCGCCAUCAAGGUGACCGAGACGCGGACGGGCCCUCUUGGAUGCAGUAACUAUGACAACCUCGACUCUGUCAGCUCUGUUUUGGUUCAGAGCCCUGAAAACAAGAUUCAUUUGCAAGGGCUGCAGGCCGUGCUGCCGGAGUACCUCAGCCCGUUCGUGCAGGCGGCUCUCAGCUACAUCGGCUGCAACGAGGAGGGCCAGUUCACGUGUCGGGACAGCGACUGCUGGUGCCAGUGCGCCGCCGCCUACCCGCGCUGCAACUGCCCCGAGGUGGACCUGAGGGCCAUGGAGGCCAGCCUGCUGCAGAUCCGGGACUCCUGGAUCACCGCCAACCAGGAGUUUGAGGACUCAGAUGAGUUUCAGAACUUUGUUCGGAGGCUUCCCACUUUCUAUGCGCUGAACACAUCUGCCAUCCAGUAUUUCUGGAAGAUGGAGCCGACUAUUCACCAGCGCUACAAGCAGCUGGAGCUCGGCACCCAGCAGCUCCUGAGCAAAGCGCGGCGCAUUGUCAAGAAGCUCUUCACCCUCAGCAAGAGGUGCCAGAGUCAGCCCAAGAUCGUUAUGCUGAGGGAGAGGUUUUUAAGCUACUGGCUGAACUACAUCCUGUCCAUCAUGUACUGCAGCGAGAACAACCACCUGGGCUCGUACCUGGAGGCCACGCGGAGCUGCUCCUGCCCGUACGAGCACCCGCCCUGCCAGGGCCUGAUCCCCUGCACCGUGGGCGAGGGCACGGCCUGCGCCUCCUGCUCCUACGAGAACCGCUCGCGCUGCGCCACCUGCAACCAGGGCUACAUGCUGAGCCAGGGCUUGUGCCGCAACGAGGUGCCCGACUCCACCGACCACUACAUCGGCUUCGAGACCGACCUGCAGGACGUGGAGCUGCGCUUCCUCCUGCAGCGCCGCGACACCCGCAUCGGCAUCCACGGCAUCUUCGUCAGCAACGACGUCCGGCUCAACAACUGGUUCGACCCGUCGUGGAGGAAGAGGAUGCUGCUGACGCUGAAGAGUAAUAAAUACAAGUCCAACCACGUCCACAUGUUGCUGGGGAUGUCGCUGCAGAUCUGCCUUACCAGGAACAGCACGCUCGACCCCAUGCUGUCCGUCUACAUCAACCCGUUCGGCGGGAGCCACUCGGAGAGCUGGAUCAUGCCCAUCGACCAGAACAACUACCCCGACUGGGAGAGGACUAAACUAGACCUCCCCCACGAUUGUUACAACUGGACUUUGACUUUAGGGAACAAGUGGAAAACGUUUUUCGAGACGGUUCACUUUUACCUGCGGAGCCGGAUCAGAGGGCCGGCCACCAACGGAAACGGGACCGUGUACUACGAACCGUUGGAGUACCUGGAGCCGGGGCAGAACCUGGGCUACAUGAAGAUCAACAGCAUCCAGGUGUACGGAUACAGCAUGCACUUCGACCCCGACGCCAUCCAGGACUUGAUUUUACAGCUGGACUACCCGUACACUCAGGGCUCGCAGGACUCGGCGCUGCUGCAGCUGCUGGAGAUCCGGGACCGGGUCAACCGGCUCUCCCCGCCCGGGGCGCAGCCCCUGGACCUGUUCUCCUGCCUGCUGCGGCACCGGCUCAAACUCUCCACCACGGACGUCGCCAGGAUCCAGGCGGCGCUGCAGACUUUCAGCGCCAAGCAGCCCAACGCCAUGGAAUACGAAACGACCAAACUCUGCAGCUAAUCAGCGGGCGGCCCGGCCCACGGGUGCAGAUGGAGCCGCAUGGAGCCAAAUCAAGGCCAAAAGUUUUGCUUAUUUGAAAAUAAAAUUUGAACCUGAAAAUUCAAGUUUUGAUCAUGAACUUAUUUUUUUUACAGUUUAAAUUUUUUUUUUUUUCAGUAUCACAUCUUUUUUUCAGUUUCAGAUCUUUUUUUUUUCAGUUUCAUACUUUUGGCCCUGAUCUGGCAUAGGGGGCAUGGCAUUAUGGAGCCAAAU